CAGAGUCAUACGUCAACGGAAAAAGCUGUAUUAAUAUUAGCCUAUAGCAUCCUAGCGGUGAUAUCUAUAUUCGGUAACUCUCUAGUGUGUUAUGUUAUUUGUAAAAACAAGAGAUUAUAUACGCCCACUAAUUUUUUCCUCGCUAAUUUAGCCGUUUCCGAUCUACUGAUUACGUGUAUUAAUAUACCUUUUAACAUAGCACGAAAUUUAUUAACGGAAUGGCCAUUCGGAGACAUUUUGUGCCAUUUAGUGAAUUUUUCUUUAAUUGUCUCCGUCUAUGUUUCUACUUAUACAUUAACGGUAAUUGCUUUGGAUCGACAUCGAGUUAUUGUGGAGCCUUUUAAUUCUAAAAUGUCUAAAACUUCCUCUCUAUUCAUCCUACUCACAAUUUGGCUGUUUGCUAUUAGCCUGGCAUUACCUUACGGCAUUUAUAACACAGUAGAAGAAGUUACUUACUUCGUCGCCACCGUAAAACGAUGUCAUUCACGCUUUCCCUCCGAUGUUUUUGAACAAUAUUUAUCAGUGGUUACCUUAUUUUUACAAUAUUUUAUUCCGUUGACGAUUAUAGGUAUUGCAUAUGGUCGCAUCGUUCAUAAACUAUGGUUGCGAACGCAUGUCGGUGCAGUGACGGAGUAUCAACAGAUGUCGCAAGCCAGAUCGAAACGUAAGAGUAUAAAGCUGUUAAUCGCUGUGGUAAUAGUGUUCGCUCUGUGCUGGCUACCAAUCAAUCUGUAUCAUAUACUAACUGACUUCCAUCCGGACGCAGAGGUGUUCCACUAUAACAGUCGUGUGUUCUUCAUCUGUCACUGGAUUGCUGUCAGUAGUACGUGUUACCAUCCCUUCGUCUACUGCUGGCUGAAUGAAAACUUUCGUCGUGAGGUA